AUGCCUCUGAAAAAAGUGUACUUGGACAAUGCUGGGGCUGGAUUGAUCUCUGACGAGCAACGAAAGUCACUGGCUGAGAAUGUUCUCAAGGAUAGUAUCCUGGCUAACCCCCAUAGCACUCAUGAAUCGGGAAGGAAGACUAAUAUCAUUGUUGAAAAUGUCAGGAAUCGGUAGGAAAAAGUAAUAAUUUAAUUCCAUAUUUUAUGUUACAGUAUAUUAUCAUUCUUCGGAGCCUCGAAAUCCGACUAUUCUGUAAUUUUUACAUCAAAUACAACUCAUGCUUUGGAGAUGACUGCAAGAUUGUUUCACUACAAUUCCAAAAGCAAUCAGCCCAUCGUAGCAUCACUUCAAAGUGUCAACUGUGAGCUUUCCUAUUAUUUUAUAAUAUAAGUCUUUACAGGGAAUCACAGCGUCUUAAUGAUGUUCAAAGACUCCCACACUUCCAUACUUGGAAUGAGGAACUAUUUUCAUUACGAACAGCUGGUAGUCACCACCUAUGAGGAGCUGAAUGAUUAUUUGAAUAAUGAUCCGAAGGAUGUUGUACACAGUGAUUGUAAUCAUUUGUUUUCAAUGACCGCUGAGAGUAAUUUCUGUGGAAGAAAAUAUGACUUGGAUCUGAUAAAUCGACUGCGGAAGAGUGAGUUCGUGUUGUUUUCAAAAGAGAAAAGGGUUGCGCAAAAGUGAUCCCUUUUCUCUCUUUCUUUUUCAUUUCUGAACUGUCUCUUCUCUCGCGCUCCAACGAGGAACCCAUACACUUACCGAUAGAGACAUUUCUGAGAGGUUCGUAAAAAGAUUCGAAUGUCAUCUCUGGGGUCCAUGCAUCCUCAAACGGACAAAUCUUUCGCCUUUUACUAAAGAUUUCCGUGCAUGGGCUCGCUUAUGAGUUCUAUAAAUUUUUGGAGGUCCAUUGUCGGAUGGACUGAUAAUUUCUCCAUAGAAAACCUGAGAAUUAAAUUUCGUAAGACACAAAUUUAGACAUGGUUCCCGGACUCGGUUUAUUUUUGGCCCAACGGAAAAUCGCGGUCCAGCUAGGCCCGCUGGUGUAUUCGAAAAUGACAAAAAUUGCUAUUAGCUAGCUAAAAGAACCGCUGCUAACUGACCUGAAGUACAGUAUAACCCUCAAAUUUAGAAAUCCCCUCUCUCCAUGUUAUCCUGGACUCCGCUGCUUGGGUAGCGACUUCAAAGCUGGAUGUUACAAAUUUUGAUAUUUCUUUUAUGGCCUUCUCUUUCUACAAAAUGGUUGGAUUUCCUACUGGAUUGGGAGCACUACUUCUGAAACGAGGGCGGGAACAUUUAUUGCGUCAGAAUUACUUUGGAGGUGGAACUGUAAAUUAUAUUUCGCUUGAAGGGUUUGAAGUCGACCGGAAGGAGGAGGUUUCAACAAGGUAGAUUAUCUUUUGAUAAGUUAUGACGGUGUAGGUUUGAACAAGGAACCAUUGAUUUCUACGCAAUUGCCGCUUUAAAUUCUGGAUUUGAUGACCUUGAACGGCUUGGAGGGAUGGAACAAAUUGAGGAAGGUACAAUGAAACUUGCCGAAAAUUUUUACCAUUUCUUGUCCACGACGACCCACCACAAUGGAAGACCGAUCGCGGUGCUCUAUGGAAAUGGAUGGAAAUAUUUUGGAACGGACAAAUUGCGCUCUUACCAAGGGCCGAUUGUAAACUUCAAUUUACUCCGAGAUGAUGGAAAUGUCAUUGGUUAUGUUGAGGUAGGCCUAUUAUAGAAUCUACAUUAUUUUCAGGUGGAGAAGAUGGCAGAUUUGUACGGAAUUGACCUUCGAACUGGCUGUAUGUGUAAUCAAGGGGCCUGUUCGGAAUACCUUGGAUUAGAUGCUGAUGUAAGAAUAAGAUUGAGAGAUAGUGGGAAGGAAUGUGGAGAUGAGAUGGAUACAGUUGAUGGAAGGCCGGCUGGAUCUUUGAGGGUGUCUAUUGGAAGGUUGAAUACGAUGGAAGUAAGCGCAAUGUUGUCUGGUUAUCUUCUUUAUCAUCUUUGAUGUUGAACUGGAUAUUUUCAGGACAUUAGAUGGCUGAAGAUGAUGAUCUCGACUUGUUUUGUCAACUCCAGUCCCGAUCUUUUCACGACUUUCAAUGCUGAUGAUAUCCCCAGACUUGGAGAAUUAUCCAAGAUCUCUGUUUAUCCAUUGAAAUCAGCAUCCGCAAUGGUCGUUUCUUCUUGGAAAACUAGUAAUGGAGGUCUUAAAUGGGACCGGAAGUUCAUGGUUGUGACUAGUGAGGGAGUACCAAUCACUCAAAAACAGCAUCCGGAGAUGUGUUCAGUGAAGUGUCAGGUAGUACUCGUUGAAAUCUAAGAUUAUUUUCAAUAGUUUUCAGCAAAUUCCCUACUUUUAAAGGAUCGUCAAGGAGUGGAGAAUGACUUGGAGAUUGAUCUGGAUCGGGUUGGAAGAGAAGUCAACUCGAGAGUGUGCGUAAAAGAGUAGGUUGACAGAGUAAUACAGUGCAGCCUUGUUAACUUUUAGUAUUUCCGCUUUGGACUGUGGGGAUCUGGCCUCGGAAUGGUUGAAAGCAAUUGGUUUGCCCUCAGGCUGUCGUCUUUUACGUCUUGAUUCUGAAGAUGACAAACAAAACUUCUCGAAUCAUGCCGAUUACUUGUUAAUCAGCAAGGCUUCAAUUGAUUAUAUGGCCGAUGUUACGGGCCUGUCUUACCAUGAAGUGGAAGGUCGAUUUAGAUCCAAUUUUGUGGUCAAUUUUGGGUCGAAUUCAGCCUUUUUGGAAGACAAAAUGGAAAGAAUCUUUAUUGGGAGUACAGAAUUUGAAGUAGGUUUUAACAAAGAACGUUACAAGGAUAGCCUGCAGUUAUCUAAAGAUGAUAUUUAUUUAGGUGACUGGAAAAUGCACCCGCUGUCAGAUGAUCUGCAUUGAUCAAAAAACCGGGGAAAAGAAUCCAAAUGUAUUAAUGGCUUUGAGAAAUCUCCGAGGAGGAACUUCCAUGACAUUUGGAGUGUAUUUAAAGCAAGUAAAACAACAUGAAGCAGCCGUUAGACAAGGCCAGAAAGUGUUUGUCACAGGGGUCGUUCAAAACUCUUGA